ACCACAAUUACUAGUAUCUAGACUUACUGAGCAACAAGCACCUUUUGCCAGACCGCCAGCCAGAACACUUAAUCAAGAACAAGUUCAAAGUUUAGCCAACGAUAUAAAAAACAAUCAACGCAACAAUAGACAAUUCCAAGAAAUAGGAACCAGAUUACCACAGCAACCUCAAUUAACUAGACUAAAAAGACCAGGCAAAUUUAAACGAGUACCAACACCACAACAAUCACAAGCAGAACAAACAGAUUCUGACAAUUGGUUCACUAACGCUUCAUAUAACCGAACUUUUAUUUAA